AUGGCGGACGCGGGCGGCGCCGGGAAUUCCCCCGACGGCGAGGAAUACGAGUCAUGCUUCGAUUUAAUGAAGAACAACGCCAUCGAGGUCAAGAAGGGGGGACGCGGAGAACGGGCCUGUCCCAAUUGUUGGACGGCCUGGGAAAGGGGUUCGUCGACGUGUGGUAACUGCACGAUUAAGAAGUUACCCGCGAGGACGUCGCGCCGCGGAAAACAGGUCGAAUUUGAAGCAAAGCAGCAGCCGUCCAAGGCCGAUGUCGACGCGGCGGCCCGCGCGAAAAGGCCGCGGCCGCCGCGGGAAAGGAGGAACUGCAGCCAGUGCCAGAAAUCUUGUGUAAAGGCUCAGAUGAAAGAGGACUGGGACGAACCGGCGGAUGAGCGCUGGUGCGACGUUUGCUGGAAGAACGAGAGGCGAGUAUUGACAACAGAGCCGGUCCGGCUCAACGAAGUGGUGUACAUUAAAUCCGGAUCCGACUAUUCUACAUCAGUAGAGGUGCCCAACGCCACGGACGGGCUGCGCUGCAAGGUCGUCGUGGAUGUUACAUUAGAGAUCGUGAAGGACGAGCCCGAGGACGCGAAGCAGGAGCGCGCGCGCGCCAAGGUCUCGAGAUUCAUGGGAAAUAAUUAUGGUAGCUGCCACGGCAAGGUCGUGAACGUCGUCGACGGCGAAAGAUUAGGAGAGUAUGCAACUAGGGUGUCCGUGAAGCGGGACAACGAGAACGACUUGUAUGUGGAGAAGAGAAAAGUAGAAGAAGCGCUCGCGAAGACCCAAAACGGGACGCGUCCACCACCCAAGAAAGAUUGGGGCCCCUUCAGGCGGGACGGGGACUGCUACUACUUAGGACACGCCCGGGAGUUGUUUAGUGAAGAACGGUACAAGCUAGUGUUAGCGAGGGAGUUGGACCAGUUCCCUAAGCAGGAGGACGCGGACUCGGACGAUGGGGACGAGGACGAGGACGAGGACGAGGAGAACGAGGACGCCGUCGACGAAUUUACAUACGUGAGAAGCGAUAGUUCUAAGGUCGACGUCGACUUUGACACGUUCUCGUGGGCCGCGGAGGAGUUUUUUUAUAGAAGACCGGCAGUCCCUGCGUAUGGAAAUAGACGCUUCGGCCACUUCGGCAGCACGCCCAAGGAGGUCGUGACGAAUUGCCUUUACCAGUGUCAAGUGAGCCUCGUGUCGCAAUUGAACAUACCUAAAGAUGAAUUGCUCAUGAAGCUCGCGGAGGGCAAGGUCAAGGAGCUCGAAGAUGCAGGUAUCAAUGUGUCGCCCGAGAAAUUGAAAUCCAUGGUCGCGGACGUUAGAAAGGCCUUUGAAGGCCUGCCGUUUGAUGCGGAUGAAAACGAUCGGGAUUGGAAGCGCAAUAGAUUCAAACGUGCGUCUUGUGUGGCGAUGGGCGUCACGCUGAUGAAGGUCAGAGGAGUCCCGAGGUACGUGGUGACCAGUUCUCCUGAAUAUAACUAUGAGUGCACGGACGAGGGGCACAAGCUGGCGCUGGAGAAGGCGUUGGAGUUGUCGCCGUCGCUGCGCAAGCGUUACGAUGAAGCCUGUGCCGUGCAGAGCUUGUUAAGUGAUCUCUCGGACGAAGGAGACGACGACGACGAGGAGCACACUGGUUCGACGUCGAAGGAGAUCUUCGAGGCGAUGAUGGAAAAGGUGGACACCACGUUACAUGACAGCGAUAUUGAUAUCUCCCUCGUCGCGACCGACGAGCGACUUUUACUGCCACUGCAGAUCGGCUUCAACAUCAAGACGAGGGCGACGCCCGCGAAGACGCAGAAGCUGUGGGAGCUCGCCGAAGCCGCGACGGUCGCCCUCGGGCAGGUGGACCAGUUUGAACUAGUGGAAAAGGUCAACGAGCUCGCGUCGGGGCCCGACGGCCUCAAGAGAGAGGCCCUCGCAGAGGCGUAUAAGCUAGACCUCGUCGAGGACAAAGACAAGCUCGAUAUUUUGGAAAAGUUCUUCGUGGUCGGCACGACGUAUCGCCGCGACAUGGCGAAUGUGGAGAGUCUAAGGGUGAUGCCGAUGCCGUUGGCGGUUUACACGGAGGGGUAUCCCAAGUACUGGCACGAGAGCGGCAAGGCGCACCGCGUCGCUUUUUUAGUGGCCCAGCAGUGCAACAAGCACAGAUACGCGCUCGGGAAUAUAUUGGAGGAGGCCGAGGCGAAGGGGCUCUUGGAAGACACGGAGUCGGAGUCGGAGUCGGGCGGCGACUAGGGAGUGCGCGCCCGCCCGCGCUUUCCCGUGCUUCUUCGGGGCGUACUAACUUUACUGAACUUAACACAGCCUAUCCCUGCGCGCAGUCGCUCGGCGCCGCCACCGCGACUCAAGAAAUUAAUUUUUCCGCCCCCAAGUACGUCUCGUUGCCCGGUGCCGGUCAGCGUCCGUUAUUCGCGUCGAUGGCGUCACGGUGUCGUCCGCGCAGCACUGGACGCGGACCAGCAGGAGCGCGUCUUCCAGCGCAUCUACGCGUUGUUCGGCUCGCACGCGACCUACGGCGUUUUUGCCGACGUGAUCCCAUUUUUGACCUGGGCUCGCCGGAGGAAAAUUGUCACGGGCAUCAUUAGCAAUGCCGACGAGCGCUAUGGCGACGCGAUCCUGCCGAUGCUGGACUUGUCAGAUCAUCUCGAUUUCACGAUUUUUGCCCGCGACGUCGGAGCGAUGAAGCCCGACCAGCGCAUCUUCGACGUAACGCUCGAAAAAGCCAACGUAGCGAGGGAGGUGCUCUACGGCGCGGGCACUCCGAUCGGCUUCAGCGACGUGCUCCACGUGGGCAACUCGUUCUCGAAGGACUUCGUCGGCGCGCGCGACGCGGGCAUGCGGGCCGUGCUCCUCGACCGCUUCGGCCGUGAGAAUCACGGCGACGAGUUAUCGGCGGAGGGCGCGCGCUGGCGCGAGGGCGGCGCCCCCGUCGUGCGCGACCUCUCGGACGUGCUCGAGCACGUCGCGCGGAGCGACUUCGCGCUCGGCUGCGGCGAGGGCGUGUAA